AAAAACACUCAUCACACUCUUCAAAUAAUCAAACUCCAUCGCUCUCAUCAUAAUAACUUAAAACACAAGUUAUUAUUACACCCAACAAUGUCUAAGCUUCUCAAUCUCAUCAUUCUCUUUCUAUUCCCUUUCUUCUUUGCUUCCAUAGCUUCUUCAGACACACCUCCUUCAACUCCAAUCACCCCAACCAAUCUAUGCAAAUCCACACCCGAUCCAAACUACUGCAAAUCCGUUCUCCCUCCAACAAAAAACGCCAAUGUCUAUUACUAUGGCCGCUUCUCAGUUAAAAGCUCCAUUUCACAAGCCACGAAGUUCUUGAGCCUUGUUAACAAGUAUCUUCAACGGAGCAACACGCUUUCCGUCCCCGCGAUUCGAGCACUUCAAGAUUGCAAGACACUGGGAGAACUGAACCUGGAUUUCUUGACGAGCUCGUUUCAAACGGUGAACAAGACGACGAGGGUGUUGGGGAGUUACCAGGCUGAUGAUAUCCAGAACCUUCUCAGUGCCAUUCUUACGAACCAACAAACAUGCUUGGAUGGACUUCAAGAAGCUUCUUCAGCUUGGAGCGUCAAGAAUGGACUCAGUGUUCCACUUUCUAAUGACACUAAGCUUUAUAGUGUCUCUCUUGCUCUCUUCACUAAAGGGUGGGUUCCAAAGACAAAGAACAAAGUUGGAACAUCUUCAUCAGUUCAAGUGACUAGGAAGCAACUUGGAUUCAAAAAUGGUCGCAUGCCUCCAAUGCAGAUGUCGAGCCAAACCAGAGCAAUCUACGAGUCGGUGAGCCGCCGGAACCUUCUAGAACCGGUGGUGGGGACCCAGGUGAAGGUGAACGGCAUUGUAACCGUUAGCCAAGACGGCACAGGAAACUUCACCACCAUCAAUGAUGCCUUAGCGGUUGCACCCAACAAGUCCUCGUCCACGGACGGGUACUUCUUGAUCUAUGUUACUGCCGGAAUUUACGACGAAAUCGUGUCCAUUGAUAAAAAGAAGACUUAUUUGAUGAUGAUUGGAGAUGGAAUCAACAAAACAAUCAUUACAGGAAAUCAAAGUGUCGUUGAUGGCUGGACAACCUUUAAUUCCGCCACUUUUGCCGUGGUAGGCCAAGGAUUUGUGGGAGUGAACUUCACCGUCCGGAACACCGCCGGUGCCGUGAAACACCAAGCAGUGGCACUCCGAAACGGCGCCGAUCUAUCCACAUUUUAUAGCUGCAGUUUUGAGGGGUACCAAGACACACUCUAUGCACAUUCUCUAAGACAAUUUUAUAGAGAAUGUGACAUAUAUGGUACCGUUGACUUUAUCUUUGGUAAUGCCGCAUCCGUGUUCCAAAAUUGUAACAUAUACCCUAGACUCCCAAUGAGUGGACAAUUCAAUGCAAUUACCGCCCAAGGCCGAACCGAUCCAAACCAAAACACCGGAAUCUCAAUCCAUAAUUGCACAAUCAAGCCGAGUGAUGACUUGGCCGCGAACAUUGGCGCGGCCGCGACCUACCUUGGUAGGCCGUGGAAACAAUACUCUAGGACGGUUUACAUGCAAACUUUCAUGGACAGUGUGGUUGAUUCUAAAGGAUGGAAAGAAUGGGAUGGUGAUUUUGCAUUGAGUACAUUGUAUUAUGCCGAGUACGAUAACAAUGGACCCGGUUCUAACACUUCCAACAGAGUCACUUGGGCUGGUUACCAUGUGAUUAAUUCCACGGAUGCAUCAAAUUUCACUGUCUCUAAUUUCUUGCUUGGAGAUGAUUGGUUGCCCCAGACAGGUGUCACUUACACUAGUAGCUUGAUAUAGUGUUACGCUAUACGGUAAAAAUUCAUAUACAGUUAACUUAACUUUACGUGAAAUUGAUAGUU